AUGAUUUCUGAUGGAUCAGAUUACCUUGGUUAUGGUAUUUUUGAUGGAAGGGAAUAUGAUGAUGAAAUUUAUGAGGAUAUAAAAGGAUUAACAUUGCAGUAUAAUAAGACCAUUCCUUUUUUGAUAUCUAUAGACCUUUCUGGGAAUCACUUAAUUGGAAUGGUCCCUGUGGAGUUAACAAGGUUGCAUGCCAUAAAGAAUUUGAAUCUUUCUGGAAAUCAUCUAAGUGGGGUUAUUCCUAAGAGUAUUGGUGACUUAAGAAAUAUUGAGUCUCUUGAUUUAUCAAGGAAUGCAUUAUCUGGUCCCAUUCCUCCAAGUUUAUCAUCUCUAAGCUUUAUAAGUUACUUGAACUUGUCAUUCAACAAUUUAUAUGGAAGAAUACCAACAGGAAAUCAACUUCAGACCUUGAAUGAUCCAUCUAUUUACAUUGGCAAUGAAGGCCUUUGUGGUGCCCCGCUUCUAAAGAAUUGUUCAGGUGAUGUACCAUCUUUUGUUAGUCAACCUACAGAAACUGGUAGUAAUGAUGAUCAUGAGUUUUUCAUGUGGUUCUAUGCUGGUUUGGGACCUGAUUUUUUUGUUGGAUUUAUUGGAGUGUUAAGCAUUUUAUUGUUCAAGACAUCUUGGCGUCAUGCGUCCUUCAAAUUCUUGGGAAUGGCUUACAACAAAAUAUUAUGUCAGUGUUGAUACCUAAUGCAAAUGCAGAUGAGUGUUUGUACUGUGUGCUCGUUGUAUUUGUUUGGUUUGACCACAGGUUUAUAGAUUAAAUAUAAUUGAAUGAAACUCAGACAAUCUCAUCUACAUGUUCUGGGUGUUGAUGUAGUUUUUGUAUUUUGGACUACCAUUUAUGAUAAUGCCUUCCUUUUUUUC